AUGGCCGCCCCCGCAGUCACCAGCAGCCAAGGGCCGCCCGAAGAGCCCAUCACCAUCCCAUCAAAUCUGGACGGCGUCGCAUACCUAUAUGGCCACCCGCUGCUCAACUCGCUGUCGCCGCCCCUGCACCAAACCGUCUACAAUGCCCUGGGCCUGAACUGGACGCAGAUCCCGCUGUCCAGCGUGACCGGCACCUCCGCCUCCUACCCGCCACCCUAUACGCGGUCGCCGCCCAUCGACAAGUUCCUGGUGUCGAUCCGCGCCAACCCCAAGUUCGUCGGAUCGUCCGUCACCAUGCCAUGGAAGGUGGCCAUCAUGCCGCACCUAGACGACCUGACCGAGCACGCGCGUCAAGCCGGCGCCUGCAACACGAUCUUCCUGCGCACCGACCCCAGGACGGGGCAGCGCACCUACGUCGGCACCAACACCGAUUGCGACGGUAUCCGCGAGGCCCUCGUGCAGAAUGCUCCGGAUCCCUCGCGCUUCCGUGGCCGGCCCGCCCUGAUCAUCGGCGGCGGCGGCACUGCCCGCACUGCUAUCUAUGUGAUGCGCCGCUGGCUCGGCGCCAGUCGUAUCUAUGUGGUCAACCGUGAUGCCAGCGAAGUCGCCGCCAUCCUUGAGGAAGACCGCCGCCGCAACCCCGAUGCCACUGCCCAAGCGCCCCUCAUCCCUGUCACCGACCCCGCCGAAGCCGCCCGCCUCGAGGCCCCCGCCGCCAUCGUCUCGGGCAUCCCCAACUACCCGCCGCAGACACCCGAGGAAGUCCGCGCUCGCGCUGUCAUCCAGGCGUUCUUGGGAUCUGCGGCUACUGCCACGUCGCAGCAGGGCGUCAUUCUCGAAAUGUGCUACCACCCCGUGCCCUGGACGGAUAUCGCCCAGCUGGCCUCUACCGGAGGCUGGAAGGUGAUCCUGGGCUCCGAGGCGCUCAUCUGGCAGGGUCUGGAGCAGGCCCGGUUGUGGACGGGUCGUGAUGUUGUCGGGACUCCCGGUCUCGUGCAGCAGGUCAAGGAUGUUGUGGCCAAGUCGAUUGCCGAGCGAGCGGCCGCCAAGUCCAGCCUUUGA